AUGUCAACGGUUACAGCUUCGGUGGUUGAUGUUUCCAGAACUAUUUAUUCAACCAAAAACGGCAACCGUGGCCGUAAUUAUACAGGUAAGUGAGCUUCAGGAUCUAUCCAGUGUGGUCAUAGAUGUCAUGUCAUUAGUACAGUGCCUGAAAGUAAAGCUUUAUUGGAGGCAUUGUGAAUUUGUUUAAUGGAUUUGUUAAAUAUAGCUGCAAACUGUGUGUGUAUACCAUCACAGAAUGGACCUACCAACAUGUAGGCUAAUAUUUUGGGAGAAAAUGCACUUCAUGACACACAAAUAGCACUUCAUUUAUAUGAUGUAUCUGUACUCAAUGAAUUACAUUGCAGGAAAACAUCAUUAGGCCUACUUUCUACAAGCUACGCAGCAUAUGUUUACAAACUAUCCUAUGACAACAAAACAUAAAUGGAAUAAAAGGUCUUAAUGUCUUAUAAGAUAUGGUUUUAAUGGAAUAAUAGAGUAGCCAGCCGAUGUCUAUUCUGAGCCUGUAUAAGGGCAAAACAAUGGAAAGGGAAAGUGAUAAUGUGUUCCUAUAGAUCACAUGGUCUGAGAAGCUGCAGGUGGCUUUCAGAAUGCAUGGUUUCUUAGUUUCACAUCAACUAACACUGCAGUUGUACUGAGCUAGGAUGUACAGCCACACUUUUAAACACACACAUACACACAUGCUCACUCCCACACACACGCUCGCACACACUCACACACACACACACACACACACACAAACACACACACACACACAAACACAAACACAUUCUCACUCCCACACACACGCUCGCACACGCUCACACACACACACACACACACACACACACACACACACACACACACACACACACACACACACAUUCACACAAGUUACAUAAAAUUGGAGUCCUUGUGUACUAAAGAAAUGUUGCAUAAAUAUGGUGUUUUCUGUGGAUCUGUUCAGGCUGGUGAGGUUUCAUCAUGGCCUUGUAAGACCUAGCAAUAUAACUCACCCUGCCAGCCCAGCCCAACUGACAGAGAACGGAUAUCUUUGAUCAGAAAUCUAUGAGUCAGACUGCUGGAGAGCACUGUCUACCUGCCCUGCAGAAAUGAUGGUUUAUGAAUUAGCCUACCACCCGAUAGUCAGUCAGCAACAUAACUCUCUUGCUUGCUGACUCUCUAUGUCUCUCUCUCUUUCUCAGUCACUCUCUCGCUCUCUCUGUCUGUCUGUCUGUCUGUCUGUCUGUCUGUCUGUCUGUCUGUCUGUCUGUCUGUCUGUCUGUCUGUCUGUCUGUCUUCUCUCUCUCUCUCUCUCUCUCUCUCUCUCUCUCUCUCUCUCUCUCUCUCUCUCUCUCACUCUCUCUCUCUCUCUCUCUCUCUAUCUCUCUCGCUCUCUCUCUCUCUCGCUGGCAUUCAAAGGAAUACUCUCAUGAGACUCAGAAGUUUUGGAAUUUACUAACGCUAUUUCAAACUUUAUCUGAAUUAAAACAACUUGGUUCCUCUUUCAGAUACCAUUGAGUUCAGAAAAGUAGUUUCUUGAACAUGUAGGGCCUCUUGUGGUGGCAAGGAGACAAUGCAACAAUUUAUACAGAAUUGUAAUAGGCCUAGGCUACAUGAUUUCACAGACAAUGUCCCUAAAUCACAUUUCCAUUAUACUCUUGAGGUGAUGAGAUGAAAGUGUUCCCAGUGAAUGUGUUACUUGUUAUAUUAACCAGUUACAGUAGCACAGCCAGUGUAAAAACAAUUGACUGAAUACACUUCACAGGAUGUGACAGAGCUGUUUUGUUUAUCCACAAGCUGUGGCUUACUUUGAUUCCUUCCGAAAUACACUCCUGUAUAUUUGCAUUAGAGCAGUGUCAUUCUGUUAAGGGUCAUAGUUCAGUGUGUAAACCAGAGCUCACAGCGGGAGUCCAUUUUCCUGCAGCACUGUGCUGAGUCUGAUAAGCAGCUGUUUAACAUGGCCACAGAUGGGACCUGAGUUUCAGCCAAGCUAGCAGGCCUUUUAUUUAAUGAUUUAUCAUGUUUCCUGCUUUGAUACCAUCAACAUUAGAUGCAGCAAAGCGCAGGGCUGCAGAUGUGGUGUGUGUUUUUGUCACGCAAUACUGAGCAGCCCCCCAACGGGCUUCUAUGCAGAGUGUUCUGUAAUGUAGUGUUCUGUGCUGAAGGGACACAGCAGCAUUCCAUUGUGAGGGUUCCAUGUGGUACGCUCUCCUCUGAAAGUUCUAUUGUGGCUGUUCUAGUUUGAGUUAUCUGUUCUGCUCACAUAUGACUGUAUAUACCAUAGUUACCAUCUCCCCCUCCAGGCCAGUGCACGCCCAUGCCCCUGCCCGCGCUGGGCACCCAGAAGAUCAUUCAGGGGAAUGGCACCAAUGUGGGGACGGUGAUCACCCUGCAGUGUCCAUCCAGACACCGUCUGGUGGGGGGCAAUGAGGUAUCCUGUGUCUGGGGCAGCAACAGCACCCAGUGGUCAGGAGGCUCUCCCUGGUGUAAACGUAUGUAUCUGGGUCGUUCCACGAAAAGAGUGCCGUUGAUAUUGUAUGUAGAAAUUGUGCACCAAUAUAGAAUUUUAAAAGCCUGUUAUAUUAAAUGAAGUGCCCUUUAAUAUGAAUAAAGGCUUGCUAAAGUCAAGUGCCAAAAUUCAGCAUUUUGACAUGGCCCCCCGUCAAACCUGUGUCACUUCUAGGAAGAUUUUAUCACCAUCAUUGUAAAGCCCUCGUUAUUUUGUUGCUAUGACAAAGUCAUUUCUGAAGAUUAUUAUUCAUUUAAUGUGAUUAGUGAUUAAUUUACGUCUGUCCCUCAUUUUAAGGUCAACCCUGUUACGUUUUAAUAUGGUGAAACUAUUGAAAAAAAAAAAAUUCUAAACAAACAUUGAACAUCUAAUAGAGUAAAAGCAGGUGAGCUGGUUCUACACUUUUUGGCUAUUUUCUGGUGUUUUGUGGUGGAAAACUGAGUGGGUCGAGCAUAACACGUCACCCCGUGACCCAUAGAUAGACAGGGUAGAAAUGUUUUAACACAUUUCUUUUUUUGUGUGAAGCUUACAUUCAAUUGCCACUGCCUGUUGCACACAACAAGCUUUCAUUGCCCCUGUCACAAAGGGAUUUAUGGCUGAUUUAAGAAGAAAUCGUCAACUCUGUUACAGUCAACCCUGUUAAUAUAUUUGGCACUUAAUAGGCACUUACUAUAUUACAUAUUUUCUAUUUAACCUCUUGAGAUGGGAAAACAUGUUUUUUAUUAAGUUGAACAUCUGCUCUUUAUGACAGAAUGUUAAAAACAUUUGUAAAUGUUUUUAAAGUUACACUUCUCAAAAGGCACCGAAUUAGUGGAAUGACCCAUCUAAUGCUGAGAGGAUACUCACACACUGAUGUACCACUGGGCUUUACUUGUAGGUGUGGCUGUCCAUAGUUACAAUAUGUUAGUAUAUGGCAGGGUUGGUCUGAGGACACCAGUGCAUGCAACCCUUUAGGACAUGUUGUCAUAGAAAAUGACAUACCAGCCAGCAAUCAAAGCACUCAGCAUUAGUACAGUGCCGGUUAUGUUUGUUCUUGAAAUAUUCAUAGACAUCCUUUUCAUAUUUAUAAGCCGCUUAUGUAAAGCAUAUUUGUAUUCUAUGAGGAACAGAAGUCCAAAUGAGAGACUGUUAGGUUUGUCACUCUCUCACCCUUCUCCAUCUGACUCUAGGGAGUCAGCUCUGCUGGCCAAUCAAUGGCUGAGAGCAUGUGAAGACAGCCGUCACUUCAGUCAUACAUUAUGGAUGAGUCAGACUCGGCUUUAUUGUGAAAAUGAAAGUUGUCCUCUUAGGAAAGUGUGUGUGUGUGCGUGCGUGCAUGCAUGCGUGUGUAGGAGUAUAUUAAAGCUUCAGAAUGCAUUGAGUGUAAAAAGUGCAUGGAUUGCAAACUGCCCCAGAGCUGUGUCUGCCUGCCUGUCAGCCUCUUCAUUAUUCUGAAAAAGAGGAAUAUAGAGGAAUAUAUUGGAGAUAGUUUUAUGUGCUCUCUGACCAUGGGCAAUGUCAUGUAGAUGUCAAUGGCAUAUUUAAGGUACCAUGAUACCGAGGUACUUAAUGAUGUCUAUUAUAAAUGGAUGCAAUACACUUAAAAAGGCAUUCAAAUAUAUUAUAUUUCCAUCACAUUCUGGAGAGAUUUGUUUUUAUAUAUCUUGUUUGUUGUCUGUAGACAGAUCUCAUCAAUUAAUUGAUAGUUUUAUAUUUUCUCCCAGCGGUGUCUCCAUCGGAAGACUUUGGGUUCCGUGUGGCAGUGGUGGCAUCCAUCAUCAGCUGUGCCAUAAUCCUCCUCAUGUCCAUUGCCUUCAUCACCUGCUGUUUGCUCGACUGUGUCACGGAGGAGGAGAGAAAAGCUAAGGAGGUGAGAGUAAGGGUAGGGCACAGAAAGAGAGGAGAGAGAAGAGAGGAGAGGUGAGGGGAUGAGAGGGAGAGAUAGGUGAGAGGGGGGAGAGGAGAAGAGAUGGGAGAAGAGAGAGCAGAGGAGAGAGAGAGGAAGAGAUGGAAGGAGGAGCGGAGAGGAGAGAUGGAGAGAGUGGAGAGGGAGAGGAGAGGGGGGAGAAGGAGAGGUGAGAGGGAGAGAGAUGGAGAGGUGAGAGAGGGAGAGAGAGAGAGGUGAGGAGGGAGAGAUGGAGAGGUGAGAAGGGAGAGAUGGAGAGGUGAGGGUGAGAGGGAGAGAUGGAGAGGUGGAGAGGGAGAGAUGGAGAGGUGGAGGGAGAGAUGGAGAGGAGAGGGGAGAGGGAGAGGUGAGAGGUGGAGAGGAGAGAUGGAGAGGUGAGAGGGAGAGAUGGCGAGGGAUGAGAGGGAGAGAGGAGAGAUGGAGAGUGGAGGGAGGAGGGAGCGUGAGAGGGAGAGAUGGAGAGGUGAGCGGUGAGAGGAGAGAUGGAGAGGUGAGAGGGAGAGAUGGAGAAGGUGAGAGGGAGAGAAGGGGUGGAGAGGGAGAGAGGAGAAGGGGAGGUGAGAGGGAGAGAUGGAGAGGUGAGAGGGAAAAGGAGAUGGAGAGGUGAGAGGGAAGAGGGGGAGUGGAGAGGAGGAGAGAUGCGAGAGUGAGAGGGAGGAGAUGGAGAGGUGAGAGGGAGAGAUGGAGAGGUGAGAGGGAGAGAUGGAGAGGUGAGUGGAGAGGGAGAGGGAGAGGUGGAGGGGAGAGUGGAGAGGGGUGAGAGGGAGAGAGGGAGAGGUGAGGGAGAGGGAGAGGUGAGAGGGAGGAGAGGGAGGGUAGGGGAGAGGGAGAGGUGAGAGGGAGAGAUGGAGAGGUGAGAGGGGAAGGGAUGGAGAGAGGAGGAUGGAGAGGUGAGAGGGGAGAGGUGAGAGGAGAGAUGGAGAGGGAGAGGGAGAGGUGAGGAGGGAGAGGGAGAGAGGAGAGGUGAGUGGAGGAGAUGGGGAGGUGGAGAGGGAGAGAUGGGAGGUGAGAGGGAGAGAUGGAGAGGUGAGAGGGAGAGAUGGAGAGGUGAGAGGAGAGAUGGCGAGGUUGAGAGGGGAGAGAUGGAGAGGUGAGAGGGAGAGAUGGAGAGGUGAGAGAGGAAGAGGAGAGGUGAGAGGGAGAGAUGGAGAGGUGAGAGGGAGGAGAUGGAGAGGGAGGGGGAGGGAGAGAUGGAGAGGUGAGAGGGAGAGAGUGGAGAGGGUGAGAGGGAGAGAGGAGAGGGUGAGAGGGAGAGAUGGAGAGGUGGAGAGGAGAGAGGAGAGGGUGAGAGGGAGAGAUGGAGAGGUGAGAGGGAGAGAUGGAGAGGUGAGAGGGAGGAUGGAGAGGAGAGGGAGAGAUGGAGAGGAGAGUGAGAGGGAGAGAUGGAGGGAGGGGAGAGAGGUGAGGGGAAAAUGGAGAGGUGAGGGGAGAGAUGGAGAGGUGGAGAGGUGAGGGAGGAUGGAGAGGUGAGAGGGGAAUGGAGAGGUGAGAGAGGGAGAGAUGGAGAGGUGAGAGGGAGAAGAGAUGGAGAGGUGAGAGGGAGAGAUGGAGGGGAGGUGAGAGGAGGAGAAUGGAGAGGUGAGGAGGGAGAGAUGGAGAGGUGAGAGGGGAGAGAGGGGAGGGAGAGGGAGAGAGAGAUGGAGAGGUGAGAGGGAGAGAUGGAGAGGUGAGAGGGAGAGAUGGAGAGGUGAGAGGGAGAGAUGGAGAGGUGAGAGGGAGAGAUGGAGAGGUGAGAGGGAGGGGAGGAGAGGUGAGAGGGAGAGAUGGAGAGAUGGAGGAGGAGAGGAGAGAUGGAGAGGUGAGGAGAGGGGAGAGAGGAGAGGUGAGAGGGAGGGGGAGAGGAGAGGUGGAGGAGGAGAGAUGGAGAGGGAGAGGAGAGAUGGAGAGGUGAGAGGGAGAGAUGGAGAGGUGAGAGGGGGAGAGAAUGGAGAGGGGGAGAGGGAGAGAUGGAGGGGGUGAGAGAGGAGAGAUGGAGAGGGGUGAGAGGGAAGAAGAUGGAGAGGUGAGAGGGAGAGAUGGAGAGGUGAGAGGGAGAGAUGGAGAGGUGAGAGGGAGAGAUGGCGAGGUGAGAGAGGGAGAGGGAGAGGGAGAGGGAAAGAGAGGAGAGGGGGAGAGGUGAGAGGGAGAGAUGGAGAGGUGAGAGGGAGAGAUGGAGAGGUGAGAGGGAGAGAUGGAGAGGUGAGAGGGGGAGAUGGAGAGGUGAGAGAGGGAGAUGAGAGGUGAGAGGGGAGGAGAGGAGAGGUGAGAGGGAGAGAUGGAGAGGUAGAGAGGAGAGAUGGGAGGUGAGGGAGAGAAAAUGGAGAGGUGAGAGGGAGAGAUGGAGAGGUGAGAGGGAGAGAUGGAGAGGUGGAGGAGGGAGAGGAGGGGAGAGGUUGAGGGGGAGGGAGAGAAAUGGAGAGGUGAGAGGGAGAGAUGGCAGGUGAGAGGGAGAGAUGAGAGGGAGGUGAUGAGAGGGAGAGAUGGAGAGGUGAGAGGGAGAGAUGGAGAGGGCGAGGGGGAGAGAUGGCGAGGUGAGAGGAGAGAGGGCUGGCAGAGGGUGAGAGGGAGAGAUGGCGAGGUGAGAGGGAGAGAUGGCGAGGUGGAAGGGAGAAGGAGGGAGUGAGAGGGGAGAGAUGGAGAGGUGAGAGGGAAGAGAUGGAGAGGGAGAGGUGAGAGGGAGAGAUGGGCGAGGAGGAGAGGUGAGAGGGAGAUGAUGGGAGAGGUGAGAGGUGAGAGGGAGAGAUGGACGAGGUGAGAGGGAGAGAUGGAGAGGUGGAGAGUGAGAGGAGAGAUGAGAGGUGAGAUGAGAGAUGGAGAGGUGAGAGGGAGAGAUGGAGAGGUGAGAGGGAGAGAUGGAGAGGUGAGAGGGAGAGAUGGAGAGGUGAGAGGGAGAGAUGGAGAGGUGAGAGGGAGAGAUGGAGAGGUGAGAGGGAGAGAUGGAGAGGUGAGAGGGAGAGAUGGCGAGAUGAGAGGGAGAGAUGGAAGUAAGAUGGAAGGCGAGGUGAGAAGGAGAGAUGGAGGAGACAGGAUAGGUGAGAGGAGAUAGUAGGUGAGGAGGAGCCAUGACUAGUGAAAGGGGAGAAGGAGGAGAGGAGACCAAAAGAUGAGACAGGACAUGUGAGAAGGAGAGAUGAAUGGAAGAGAGGGGAUUGAGAGGAAAAGAGAAGACAGGAGAGGUGUUAGAAAAAGGGGGUAAAACACACACAAAGAAAAAAAGAUGGAGAGCCGUAAAUGAUACUAUGUGGUCAAGGGGAUUAAUAACGAUAUUGAGUCCCUAUUGACGCAGAACACCAUUUACAUUUAGCAGAUGCUCUUAUCCAGAGCGACUUACAGUAGUGAGUGCAUACAUUUUCAGACUUACAGUAGUGAGUGCAUACAUUUUCAUACUUGUCCCCCAUGGGAACCGAACCCACAACCCUGGUGUUGCAAGCGCCAUGCUCUACCAAGUGAGCUACACGGGACUAUACAGAUGUACGAUCUUAAUUUGAGCCAGUUUGCUAAAUGUUUCAUUAGGGCAAGUCAGGUCUGAAAUUUUAAAGUGGAAAUUACAAACUUUAGAAGCCUUUUUAAACCUCAAAUACACUACAAGUUUGCAUUUCCUGCUGUUCAGGAAAAUUCUCAGCAACAAAAGAGUGAUCAAAUUAAGAUCCUACAUCUGUAAAAACCUUUCUGCGUUGCCAGGGAGACGCGUCUGUGGCACCAGCUGGAGGAAGUGGAACAGGAGGAGAACAGGGCCUCUCGCUAUGGCCACAAUGGCAGGAACAACAAUAACAACGCCCAGGAGAAGGCACUUCCACCAUGGGUCAACCAUGACCCUUCAAUGUGUGACAAUAAGAGACCCAGCUGGUGAGGACUGUGUGUGUGUGCAUGUGUGUGCAUGUGUGUGUGCGUGAGUGCGUGCCUUUUCAUGCGUAUCUUCCUUGCAAAGCUCAAUGUCGCUGCCUCUGUCCUCUCUACAGGUAUCAUCAGUACCCCUAUGCUCUGACUGGUCCAGUCCCAGCCUCCACCAUUGGCCCAGCCCUCAACUCAGCUCCUCUUCCCUGCAGAGGCUACAACCAGCCCAUCCUCCCACACAACUCAGGCCUCUACCACAACCCAGGUCUGCCACACAAUCCAGGCCUACUUCAAAACCCCAUCCCACCCCAGUAUCCAGGUCCAUCUCGGACCGCGGUCCUGGUCCAGAACCCAGGGGUACCCCCAGGCUCAGGCCUGGUCAGGCAGUAUGGAGAACAAGAGGGCAGUGUAUCAGCAGUGAGCACUCCACUUCUGGAGGAGCCCUACAGGGUGUGUCGACACCCCCUCUAUGUCCAGGAGCGCCCCAUACGGGUCAUAUCCGUGUGA